AUGAAGGUCGUUAGUGCCGCGAACUCUCGGCAGCUAGAGAAGCGCUUCACCUUUCUCUGGAGCUCAGCACAUACGCUGCUGCCCACCAGCCCCACACUGGCCAACCACAUGAUUGCGACCAUGAUGCAGUUAGCUCGAUCAAGCCGAGCACAGCUGCCGCAACCAGUGCUGGACUUUAUCUGUAAAAAUUGCGGAGGCCUCUUGGUGCCUAGCGUGUCGGCAGACGCUCGCGUUGUGCCACAAACCCUCAAGUCCCCGGCCAAUCGUCGAUUGACCAGACAGCAGCGCUGUAUUCAGCAGCAGAAUGGCAGCAAUGGCCCCCGCCUUGCCCGUGAGGCGUUGUCGACCAUUGUGAGGGUAACAUGUCAUCGAUGUCAACAUGCCAAUGACCGGCCCGGUGCGUCAAUAGUUUACAAGGCCAAGACCAAGAAACGAGCACGAGAAGAGCAGGAGACGGAGUUUACUUCAGCUGGAGAGGCAAAGAAGUUGAAAGCGGACAAUAAUGAGCCUGGAAAAACGGAGGAGAUAAAGGCUGCAUCGACUGAUGAGCUGAAGACAGCGCCUACGAACGUGUUUGUGCCACCUCCAAGUCCGCCAAGGAAGCUGCUGGAUGGACCCAAGCGGAAGAAAAAAAAGAAAAAGACACAACCAGAUGCUGCCGCAGUCGCUGUCAAAAGCAGCCUCAGCUCAUUCUUGCAGGGGCUCAAUUCGCGCAAGUGACCGAGAAAUCUACGAUGAUUUGGUGAAUUCUCUUCGAUGCGAUUGCUGUAGGCUUCGACGUAACCUAGCAUGCGAUGAUGUCAACGAAAUCAAAGCAGCGGAUGAGGCGUCUCUCACGGGUUUUGCUUUGUACUGUAGUACCGCAACUCUUGCGAGUAAAUCUGACUGCUUUCUUUUAAGUUUU